GCUGUCAAAGAUGGACGACAUUUCCCGAGCUGUCAAACUUGAAUAGUCGAAAUUGACAGUUUCACAUUUCAUAAUUUUUGACAGUAAAUAUUAAUUUUCAGAAUGUCUGCAAUAGUAAAAUUGGCCAAAGUUGCUACUAAGUUUUCCAAUAGAAACCCUGCAGCUGUUUAUACUUUAGCAAGGAAUCAUUGGAACAAGGACUACAAGCCCGGUCCAUACCCCAGAACCCAAGAAGAGCGCAACAAGGCAGCUGAGCGAUACGGUCUACACCCCAAAGAAUAUGAACCCUACCCCGAAGACGAAGGUUUAGGAGACUAUCCAAAACUUCCCGACAAGGGUAUUGAAAGCAGGGACCCAUACUACCCUUGGGACUUCCCUGAACACAAAAGAAACUUCAAUGAACCACUUCAUAAUUAUAUUGAAUCCAUCGGUGAAGAUAGGUUCAACCUCGGGCAGAGGUACCUAAUCCAUCCUCACGAGCAAACUUUAACAUUCCUUGCUGUGAUGGCUGGAUUCUUUGCACUUUAUUUCCUUUGCGAACAAUACAAAUUUAUACAUCCGCAUAUGCCGAAACAAUAUCCAGAAGAAGGGAAAGUGCAUUAUACAUUUGAAAAAUUGGAUUAAAUGAAUUUAUAAAUUGUAAUGAAUAGUUUCAGAAUUGUAAUUUGC